AUGGUUCCUCCUCGUUCUGGAUCUUCUAUGGGCAUGCGCAGCCGUGGCCCAGUAGAAUUGAGCAUCAACCUCGCCAAAUCAUACGAGAUCCGUGGCCCAAAGUCACCCAUGCCUAGAUCUCCUCUUAGAGAUGUGACCGUUGAAGACCGCACUAGUCGUGCUUCGUACGAAGACCGUCUCGAAGGUGCAAUCCACGUCCUUCGCACUGAAGCGAAUGCCUUGCAGGCCUUGACACAGCUCUACUCCUCUGAGCGUGUCUGCCGCGAUGGCUUCUUCCGAUCUAUCGAAGUCCUCACACGCCAUCGGGACCACCGUGGCAAAGUGGUCUUCAUCGGUGUGGGCAAAUCUGGCUGGAUCGCCAAGAAGCUCACUGCCACCUUUAGCAGCUUAGGACUUCCAGCUGUCUUUCUUCAUCCCACCGAGGCCCUUCACGGAGACCUUGGCAUCAUUGGUGAUUACGACACCCUCAUCAUGAUUACCUUCUCUGGAAAGACUCCGGAACUCAUGCUUCUGCUCCCGCAUCUCAACAAGAACUGCCCUCUCAUCCUUCUCACUUCGCCAACUCGCAUGGACACAUGCGAGAUUGCAAAGGCUCGACCUGACCUUAUCCUCCUCCCCGCGCCGAUCCCCGAGUCUGAGAAGGACACUUUUGGCGUUUCUGCCCCCACAACCUCCACCACCAUGGCCAUUGCCGUUGGUGAUGCUUUGGCAUAUGUUGCUUCCAAGGAGAUGUACUCUUCAGUUUCUUCUGUUUUUGCGAAAAAUCACCCUGGCGGCGCUAUUGGCCAGGCCUUUAAGACAAAAUGA